AUACUUUUUACUUUGAAAGAUCGGUCUUGUGUGUACUCACUGCUUCAAGUGUAACAUCAUUACAAGGACAGUUAAGGCUAGCUACUUGAGCUCAACCAGCGUUACGUUUAUUGUCACAGUAAUUCUCCAGGUCCCACCAUGCAACGUGCGUAUCUCCUACUGAUACCCGUGCUGCUGCUCCUCCUGGCCCUUCCCGUCUCCAGGGGACGCUACAAUGAUGACUUUGAUGAUGGCGAGGACCUAGCAGACUUUGAUGACAAUGACUUUGCUGAGUUUGAGGACAUGAAUGACGAUCCAGCAGCGGAGGCAGAAACUGCCCCUCCGCCUCGCGCCUCACCGUCCUCGCAGCCUGAAGAGGAUGAAGAUGAGGAUGAAGCCACUGUGGAGCUGGAAGAUGGCCUGGAUGGUUUUGAGGAUUCAGAGACACAGGAUCAAGACAUGUACAGCAAAUAUGACCAGGAGGAGUUUGAAGGGAUUGGGGACAUGGAAAAGACAGGCCACUCCAUGAAGGACCCCCUCAUAAUCCACACUGUACCUGCACAUCUGCAGAACAGCUGGGAGAGUUACUACAUGGAGAUCCUGAUGGUCACCGGCCUGUUGGCCUACAUCAUGAACUACAUCAUUGGCAAGAACAAAAACAGUCGCCUUGCUCAGGCCUGGUUCAACUCCCACAGGGAGCUUCUUGAGAGCAACUUUGCACUAGUGGGUGAUGACGGCACCAGUAAAGAAGCAGUGAGCACUGGGAAGCUGAAUCAGGAAAAUGAACACAUCUACAACCUGUGGUGCUCUGGACGUUUGUGCUGUGAAGGCAUGCUGAUCCAACUCAAGUUUGUAAAGAGGCAGGACCUGCUCAACGUUCUGGCCAGGAUGAUGAGGCCUGCCUGUGAUCAAGUGCAAAUCAAAGUGACUCUUAAUGAAGAGGACAUGGACACUUUUGUGUUUGCUCUUGGCACCAAGAAGGUGAUGGCCAGGCAUCAGAAGGAGAUGCAGGACUUGAGUGAGUUCUGCGGUGACAAGCCUAAGUCUGGGGCCAAGUAUGGGCUCCCAGACUCCCUGGCUAUUCUAAGUGAGAUGGGUGAGGUCACAGAUGGGAUGAUGGACAACAAGAUGGUUCAUUAUAUCACCAACCAUGCUGAGAAGAUCGAGUCCAUCCAUUUCUCGGACCAAUUUUCUGGUCCAAAAGUUAUGCAAGAGGAGGGUCAGCCCUUAAAGCUGCCUGACACCAAGAAGACGCUAUUGUUUACAUUUAUUGUGCCUGGCAUGGGCAACACCUCUCCCAAAGACAUGGACGCUCUGCUCCCUCUCAUGAACAUGGUGAUCUACAGCAUCGAUAAAGUCAAGAAGCUCCGUCUCAACAGAGAGGGCAAACUGAAAGCUGACAGAAACCGGGCCCGUGUGGAAGAGAACUUCCUGAAGCAGACUCACGCUCAGCGCCAGGAGGCAGCCCAGACACGCCGGGAGGAGAAGAAGAGAGCUGAGAAGGAGAGGAUCAUGAAUGAGGAGGACCCUGAGAGACAACGCCGUCUGGAGGAAGCAUCCCAGCGACGUGAGCAGAAGAAGAUUGAGAAGAAGCAGAUGAAGAUGAAGCAGAUCAAAGUGAAAGCCAUGUGAAAGACCACCACAGGGAUACAAGCACACAUGAAAGCAUUGCUCAGCUUCUCUAACCACAGUCCACAGCUCUGGCUCACAGUCGCUCUAAAUAGACAUCCUGUGCCUCUGGAUGUGUCAAGCUCUGCUGUCUCCAUUUGGUGUAGCUAAACCCAAAUGACUUGAGAGUGAACUGUCCAUGUCAAGUGAGAGGGACUCUUUCACCAUCAUAUCACCACAAUUCACGUCAGGGUCUUUCGUUUUUGUUUUUUUACUGUCCAACUAUUUUCUUAAAUUUAAUCAGAGCUCUGUUUGAAUGCUGGGUAGAUCUGUGAGCUUGUUUAAACUUCAUCUGCUGGGAAGGAACACACUAUUUGGUGGUAUUGAGCCACAUUUUAAAAGGAAUGGAAGCAUUGCUGUGGUUUCAUUGGAAAUGUAUUAGCAUUAAUAUAAUCUUAAAUGAUACUAUCAAGGAAAUUUUAUUUAUAUCUGCUAUGAGGUUGGUUUUUUGCAGGCUGUUUCUAAUGAAUAUCUGAGCAAAUAAUAAAAUGCACUGGAGUCUGUUGGAAAA